UUUGAGGCUUCUUACUGAUAUCUUGUAUCCUAUGUUAAAAAAAGAUGGAAUUGGACAUGCCUCUUGAUUACGCAUCAUUCCAACUCUCACCAAAACAUUCAAGAUGUGAAUUGAUUGUUUCCAGUAAUGGAAACACUGAAAAGCUUGAAUCGGGUUUAGUGAAGCCAUUUUUGACACAUUUGAAGGUUGUCGAGGAACAAGUUGGAUCCUCAGCUCAAUUCAUUAAGCUUGAAGUUGAUAAACGUAAAAGUGUGGACUCAUGGUUCGUAAAGGGAACACUUGAGAGUACACCUGAAAUUGUUGAACUAGUGAUCACCUUUGAUGCUGAGAUGUCUCAACUAGAAGCAGCUCGUAAAAUAUAUUCACAGGGAUCAUCUGAUCAGCUAUUGAGUAACAUAGGUGAUGGUAGAUCAAGCACAACAACUAGGGAUGAUGCAACAAAGUAUAGUUAA